AUGAUUAAUAACAACUAUAAUAAAAAAAUGCUAUCCUCUUCAGCAAAUCAACUACUUAAAUCUACCGCUGCCACCACUGGCAAAUUGCCCCACACUCCCACUUCUCCUAAUACAGUGUUACUGUUUGCCACCACUGUGUUUAUCCCAUUAUAUUUCUUAUACACAAGAAAUAAAUUUCGCCCUGCUAACAGUAAUGUUGCUGGCAGUAAUGACGGAAGUAAAGACAGGUUUAAUGAGUUUAUGGAUGAAAAUACAGAAAUUAUUUUUUCUUCUAUCAUGUGA